AUGCGUCUGGCGCUGCAGAGACUUCUGGCCAGCCCUCCUGCCGGAUCUGUAACACGUAGUGCCGUGCACUCAAAUGGCGACGGCUUUUGCCAGCGCUACUCCCCCCCGACUCCCACUCAGGGACAGUCGAGGAGAUAUGCAGCCAAAAAGAACGGAAGAGAGCAGCCUCCAGGAUCCGAACCCAGGACUUUCCAGAUCCGGAAGGUCCCGUCCGUGACCAAGGCCGAUAGACAGGCCGAGGGAGCCAUUGAACGCAAUUGGCCUGAUGUACCAAAAGCGCGCGCACGCUUGCCCGAUGCUCCCAUAUUCGACGGCGUCGAGGGGGCCGGGCUUUCCCGAUCGACAGUCCAGCCGGAUCUCCCGAUGCUCCCAGGGACCCAACACGAUCUUCGCAGCGGCAAUCUCAGCUCGAGGAUCCAAUCGCGUCUGCCCAUCGAGGCCGAAAGAGACACCGAGAGCUGGAGGAGUCGCUUGGUGACAUUGGAGCAGUACCAGUACGAGUCGAAUCUUGAAGCGCCGGCUGUCCACGGUCCGCGCCUGGUCGACGACCCGUCACACGCUCGGGAUUGGGAACUAUGGCUGGAGCUGAUUGUCUUUCGGAAACGACAUCAUGGCGCCGAAGGUACGGUAGCGGUAUACAUUGAAAUCUUUCGACGGGACCUGCGACUACCGACACUGGGAAAUGUAGCGAACCAGCUAUGGGACCUUCUUAUUCGGGCAGGCUUUUACGAUUCUCGGUUACUCGAAGAUAUUGUCACCUAUGCUUUAAGUCUAAAGCGAUCUACGGGGAGAUCUUGGCUGGGGAUGUACCAUGGCAUUGUCUCCGUUGUACUGAAAAAGGAACCGGAUUCAGCAUACCGUUGGCAUUUGAAGCUCAGAAAUGAUUUCCCCCCUUCGCUUGGAGAUUACAAAAGGAUAUUCAAGCUGUCCCUCGGCUGGGGUAGCUCCGGGCACUUUCAAGGCUUGUACAGGGAUCAUCCCAUACCCGGGAUGUACAGGACCGUUGUUUGGCAUCUAUGCAUGUUGCAAAUGUACGACGAAGUUCUCAAGUGGAAUGACCUUCUUUAUGACGCCAGGGACUUUCCUAUGAGAUUCACUGACAUCAAACCCUUGCUCGACCAUCUCGCUUACAUUGGUGACGGACCUCGGCUUGAAACUAUCGUCAGAGCGCUGAGUGAAGCCAAAGUCGGGGUCUCGAAUGUGGCCGAAAACUUUGUCCGAAGGGACGCGGCCAUCAGUCGUGAAAUCUUGAAUCGACAGCUUGGUGAAGUUCAUGGAGUUGGUCCAAAACAUUUGAGCGACAGCUUCUGCGCUAGGCUUUUCGCUACGCGGCUUUUCUCCGUUGACACCGUCAUCAGUGGUUUGCAAAUGGUGGCCGCAGAAACAAUUGGACCUCUUUCUUUGAGGGAGAUCGCUGUCAGAGAUAACUGCGAUCCUGGCGCCAUCUGUCAUCAUACUGAUCGUCUUAAAAGUGCUGGAAUAUCUCUUGACAGUACUGUGUUUUGCACUCUUGUCCGUGGUUUAGCCAUGGAGAACAAGCGAGGAAUCUUGAAGUCCGUCGUGGACUGUGACCUUCACCCGGAUACAUUUGGAGAUGUCGACCUUCAGGAACGAUUACUCGCCCAGUACUGCGAGGAGAACGACCUGAUGAAGAUUGAGCGAACACUUGCUGUGCUCACCGCCGGCUGUGAGGUGAAAGAACUGCAAAUGGUACGGAUGAACUUGAUUCUUCGCUGUCAAAUCACGCUUGGGAGGCGAAAGAAGGUGCUGGCGACGCUAGAGGAAUUGAAGCGAUUGGGCAUACCGCUCAGCGCCAGAUCUAGCAGGCACCUCCGUGUAUGCUGGCUUUCGAGGAGACAGGUUGGGCGUGGUGCGGACGGAACACAGGAGUUGGCAAUCCUAAUCCAAGCGUCACGGAUGACUAUGCAAUCCGGCCACUUCGUGCCUAUCAUAGCUUGGAGAGAGAUCCUGCGACGCCUGGGCAUGGCCGGGCGCUUGACGGAGUUUGAGAAUCUGGCGCUCUGGCUGGUGGAUUGGUAUUCAAGCCCCGCAGCUAAGGCUGCUCUUCCAAAACGGCUACUGUUUUCUGGUCAUGGUGGUCAGACAUUAAUCGAGGGGGCUGUGUCGCCGGAGAAGUCAGCGAAUCGCGAUCCUCAACGCUUAUUCAACACCCUAUUCACAACCGCGGCACGGCAUGCAAUCGUUGCUUGGGGCUUUCAACAUAUCAUGAAAUCUCGUAGAAAAUCGAGAAGGUCCAGGGAGGCUUCAACGGUAGAAGAUGUUCCUCGGUUCCGGUGGACAUGGGGUUUGCACCUGCUAUACAAAUUGAGAAAGCGUGGGGUGCCCAUUGGGAAAGAUGAAAUUGCCCGAAUCUGCAGACAUCGACUCAACACUUUAUUUGGCACCGGGCUUUCGAAGCGGAAGAUCAACAGACGAGCCAGAUCAGAACAGAGGACUCUGGUGUCCUACACUGAGAGCGUGUAUAUCCAAAAGAUGGAAGAGAUUUGGGGAAAAGGGUUCUUCCGAGUAUGGCGCCAUGUUGGAAGAAAUGUGGAGGAACGGAUAGGACGAAAGCCCCGGGAUAAAUGGCGUAUAAAGAGAGCAGAGUAUAGGACGAGGAGUGAUGACCUUGGAACUGUAUAA